AUGGCAAAAACCAAGCGGCAGAUGGGGAAAGUCCUGGUCCGUGGCGGGAAGGCUAAAGGACCGAAACGGUUAAGUGACCGAACUCGCGUUCUCGCGGAACCCGACAUGGUCACAGAGCCUAGCUCCCACAGCACCAUGACCACAGCGAGGAGCAGCUCUUCAAACAGGAUACAAACGACUGUGGAGGUCAGGAAGAACCAGGACCUCCUCAGAUCAAAGACGAACCAGAAGAACCAGGACUUCUCCAGUUUAAAGGGGAACAGGAAGAACCAGGACCUCCUCAGAUCAAAGACGAACCAGAAGAACCAGGACUUCUCCAAAGUUCCAGACACUCAGCAGAUCCUCCCUCAGGACUCUCAAGUCCAUGAUGUGAAAAAUCACACGGGUGAGAAGCCGUAUUCUUGUGAAACAUGUGGGAAGAGUUUCAAGCACAAAAAUUAUUUGUUGACCCACAAGAGAAUUCACACAGGUGAGAAUCCGUUCUCUUGUGAAACAUGUAGCAAAAGUUUCAAUCGACGGAGUAAUCUUUUGGCCCACAAGAGAACUCACACAGGUGAGAAGCCGUUUUUUUGUGAAACAUGUGGAAAACAUUUCAGUGACAAAAGUUAUUUUUUGAUCCACAAGAGAGCUCACACAGGUGAGAAACCAUAUUCUUGUGAAACAUGUGGCAAAAGUUUUAUCAAGCGCAGUUUUUUGACGGUCCACAUGAAAACUCACACAGGUGAGAAGCCGUAUUCUUGUGAAACAUGUGGGAGAAGUUUUAGUCGACAGACUCAUUUGUCAGGCCACAUGAGAACUCACACAGGUGAGAAGCCUUAUUCUUGUGAAACAUGUGGCAAAAGUUUCAGUCAAAGGAGUAAUCUUUUGGCCCACAAGAGAACUCACACAGUUGAAAAGCCGUAUUUUUGUGAAACGUGUGGAAAACGUUUCAGUCAACGGAAUCUUUUGUCCUACCACAAGAGAACUCACACAGGUGAGAAGCCUUAUUCUUGUGAAACAUGUGGGAAAGGUUUCAGUAAUAAAUAUUAUUUGUCUGUCCACAAGAGAACUCACACCGGUGAGAAGCCGUAUUCUUGUGACACAUGUGGGAAAAGUUUCAGUCGACAGAGUAAUUUGUUGAGCCACAAAAGAACUCACACAGGUGAGAAGCCGUAUUCAUGUGAAACAUGUGGGAAACGUUUCAGUGUACGGUGUAAUUUGUUGACCCACCAGAGAACUCACACAGGUGAGAAACCGUAUUCAUGUGAAACAUGUGGGAAACGUUUCAGUGUACGGUGUAAUUUGUUGACCCACCAGAGAACUCACACAGGUGAGAAACCGUAUUCAUGUGAAAGAUGUGGGAAAAGUUUCAGUGUACGGAGUAAUUUGUUGGCCCACAGAAGAACUCACACAGGUGAAAAGCCGUAUUCUUGUGAAACGUGUAGAAAAAGUUACACUGUACAGGCUAACUUGUUGCGCCACAUGACAAUUCAUACAGGUGAGAAGCCGUACUCUAAUAUAAAGGGGAAACAAACUACUGCAGAGAACAGAGAGAACUAGAAACUCCACAGAUCAAAGAGAAAGAAGAAGAACCUGGACUUCCACGGUUGAAAGAGGAACAGGAGGAUGCAGAACCUUUACAGAUUGAGCAGCAGCAGGACUUCACAAAAAGUCACAUGGAAGUGAAGUGAUACUGAAGUUUGAAAGUGAAGUCUUUACAGUGCCUUCUGUUGAGGAGCAGAGUGGCCUGAGUGAACCAAAAGAAGUUCCAGCCACUCAGCAGAUCCUCUCUCAGGAC